GAGAGUUAGAUCCAGGUCGGGUGACUCUGGUUCGAUGAUAAAUUCUUCUGGGAGCUUUUCGAAAUGGAAUAGUUUCCUAAGAAGUUUGAUUUUGUUUGUGAGGGUUCUAUCCUCAACUAUGGGAAGUGACAAUGCGGUGCCCUCAGAUUUGAGUAUCUCUUAUGUGCUGGCAAGCUUGAUUGUUGCAUUAAAGUCAGGGUGGUUUCUGUUAAGUUUGUCACUUGUGAUUCCUAGCUCUUCUUCGACCAACGAAA